UUUAGGUGAAAGACCCGUCAGCCCGAAGGACUGGCGAAGAGAUGGAGGUAUUGUGUACUUGGACAACACAAGUUCUCUCUCAACCGAACUCUGAUGAUGAGGACUUUGGUAAUUGAUCGUUUGCGAAGGCACUUGUCCCUAGAAAAGAGUGCAUCGCCGCAGAGACAGACGGCCAACCAACUGUUAGGCGGUAGUGGAAAUGCGAGACUCUCCGCCAAUUCCAGCCAUGAAAGACCCGUCGAAGACAGUCCCAAGAAAAAGCGGUCAAUUUUGUCCUUCAGUGGAAGACGCACCAGCGAACUACGUUUGGGAUCUGACGGGAAAUUGGUUACAAAUGGGUACGACGACCUAUCCAACUACAAACGACCGAGUCCACCUAUUGAAAAGAUCAAAUCCUUAUUCCGCAAAAAUGACACAACACAUGUGACCUCUCAACCAAGCAACGACUACUAUCCGGGGCGCUCUGGCCAAAUCUCAAACGCAGUGGCUCGGCACAGAAGAAUCUCAACCCUGAAGAGCUCCGACUAACAUUUGCCUCCCCUGACGCGGUAAGACAUUCCUCUUGCAUUCUAUGGCGUUCCAUCUACUGCUUUCUUGCGAACUGAACUGAGCUGAUUGUUCAGAUUUACUAAGUUCACGGAAUUUUAUC